GCGGAAUCUGGUGGACCAUUAGUCUGCAAUGGGAAGGCUCAGGGUGUUGUUUCUUAUGGACCCAAAUAUUGCAUCUUUCCUGAAGUAUUUACCAGAGUGUCCUAUUUUGAGCCAUGGAUACAUGGAGAGCUGA